UUCUCGAUAUUCACAUUUCUACACUGGUAUUUUUCCUCUUUAAAUUUCCGGCUCCUUUCUUCCCCUAUUUAAGCCCCAACAUCCACCCUAACCCGCCUUCAUAAUCAUCUUCAUUUCAUUUGCCAGCGGUCUAUCGAUCUCUUUUCACGAUUCACAGAAUGGGAAACUAUAUUUCAUGCACUCUAAUCACCCCUACCAUCAAGAGCUCCAAGGCAGCCAGAGUGAUCUUCCCCACCGGCGAAGUUCGACAGUUCCGGGAACCCCUCAAAGCGGCCGAGCUGAUGCUGGAGUCCCCGAACUUCUUCCUGGUUAAUUCCAAGUCUCUGCAUAUGGGUCGUAGGUUCAAUCCACUUACAGCGGAUGAGGACUUGGAGUUCGGCAAUUUAUACAUCCUGUUCCCGAUGAAAAGAGUGAAUUCUGUUGUUACCGCAGCCGACAUGGCGGUGUACUUGUUAGCUGCCAAUUCCGCCGCCAAGAGGAUAAGCGGUGGAAAGGUGAGGAUCUUGCCUGAGUCAGGCGGAGAUGGGUCUGAGGAGGUGGCGGUUGCGACGGCAGCGGUGGAGAAUGAAGCUGGGUGUUCCAGAUUGAAUUUGGAUGAAGUUGAAGGGUUUCCGGUGUCGGAAUACAAGUACAGGUUAGCGAUGUUCCGGUCAAAGAAGCCGUUGUUGGAGACCAUAAGAGAGGAGCCUGUUUGUUCUAGGUAGAUGGAAUUUGUUGACCUAGGUUAGAAAAGUCCUCUGCCAUCAAUUUUUUUUGUCUCGUACUCUCCUAAUAUUUCAGCAAAGAGAGGGCAAGUGUUGAUAGUAUUUGAUCAAACAGAGUCGGCUAGAUGUAAGAUUGAAAAGUUUGUAUAAUAUCAUAAGAUAUGACCACGAAUUGCAUCUUCUUUAAA